AUAUACCAUUUUUUUUUUGAUUUGGUUAAAAACCACACAGAAGCUGUUGAACUAUGCGACUGGGAAGUUUAUAAAGGUAUACACAGGACAUACCAACAAAGUAUUCUGCAUCACAUCCGCGUUUUCUGUGACCAUCCUGUUCACAACCAGAUUGCAAAUCAUUUAGAUAGAACGAUCAGGAUAUGGAAACAGGAUGCUUCCUUACAACAUGAGUUUUAGUUAUAAUAAUGUAAUUUGCUUUGUGAGAUUUGAUUAUACACCUUCAAGUGUGAUUGCAAUAUCUGCAUGGUCGUCAAGAUAUACAUCACACAUGAAAGCAUACUAUGAGAUGUUAUUAAUAUCUCACACUUUCAAUGUUGUAUUUAUCAAACUUACAAUGUACUGAAUAAAUAAAUAUGAAGUCCCCCUGCGAUUAGUGAAUUCAAAAACUCUAUAAUUUCUCUCUCUCAGAUUCAACAACAUUCAACAGUAAGGGAGGAGGGCGACAUCUAGGCCUGGGAAUAUGAGUUUUUAUCCGUGGGGCCCGUUGAUCCGCCGCGGAGCGGGUGCGGGUCGAACAAUUUGGAAAAAUCGAUUCGUGGGUGAGGGGCGGGUGCGGGUUGGUGGAUUUUGAAACGCGGGUACUCGCCAACCCGCAAUUUUUUGUUUUUUAAUUUUUUUAAGAAAAAUAUUGUUUUUUUGUAAAAAUGUAUAUUUUUAAAGAAAAUACGAGAAUUUUUAAAAAUAUAAUCAAAAUAUUUAAAAUUUUAAUUCUAAAUAUAUUAUUUAUGUUAUAUUUUACAAAAAUUAAAUUAAAUAAAUAUUUUCUUAAAAUAAAAAUAUAACCCGCGGGUUACCCGCAAAUUAAGCGGGACGGGUGCGAAUACAAGUUUAUUUAUUCGCGGGUUGUGCGGGUCGAAUUUUUUGACAAAAAAAAAAUUGUAACCCGGUUAGUGGGUCAGGGGGGCGGGGUUUGACCUGCAACCCAGCCCUAGCGACAUCAAGAAUGAGAUACACAACUUGUUACGCUCAAUCCUUUGCCUCCUCUACAGAGCAGUCAUGCAAUGUUAGAGUCUCGAGCUUACUAUCUUCUUUGCAAGUAAGUUUCCUUUUUUUUUUGUAACACGCAAGUAAGUUUCCUUGAUGAGAAACUUUUGCUAAUAUGUGACAUAUAUAGUUUCAUCUCAACUAUUAGACCAAACAAAAAAAAAAAAACUUGAUGUGCCAGACAGAUGCAUAAACACAUUUCCAAUAUUACUAUUUGUGGGUUUGUCAAGCACAUGCAGUACUAGGCCUAUGCAGUAGCAAAUGAGGACAAGACAUAAAGAUAUACGACAAUAAAACUUAAGGAGCCAUACCUUAACAAUAAACUAACUUACCAAAAUCAUAUACAAGUCAAAGAAGGAGAAAAAAACUGAAAGAAGGAGAAGAAGAAGGAUGAUGUCAUUCGGCCACAUUUUGUUUCUUUCAAUAUUAUUGUUUGAAUACGGAAAUUCUGGGGACAUAUUAAGGAGUGGAGAUAGAUGGGUUUCAGUUAAGGGCGGCACACUCGUGUCUUCUAAGGGAACAUUUGAGGCUGGGUUCUUUAGAGCUGCAGGAACGGAGAGCUGGUUUUUAGGGAUUUGGUACAAAAAUGUAGCGGAAAGAACUUAUGUCUGGGUAGGUAAUAGAGAAGAAGAACCUUUACACAGUUCUAACGGGACCUUAGAGGUGGUUGAUGAUCAGUUGGUUAUCCGGGACAACUCUAAACCUGUGUGGUUCGCGACUAGAAGAAGAGAGAGUUCUUCUUCUUCAACAACAACGGCAGUUGCUCAACUCCUGGAAAACGGUAAUCUCGUUCUCAAAGAUGUCAACAACGACAAUCCUGAAGAUUUCUUUUGGCAGAGUUUCGAUGAACCAACCGAUACCAUACUUCCUGAGAUGAAAUUAGUAUGGAAUUACCAAAACUGGUAUCUGACUUCGUGGAGAGCAUUUGAUGAUCCACGACCAGGAAAUUUUUUCUUCGGAUUCAUAACUCCGCAGUAUCCGGUUCUUGCCAUUUGGUAUAAUGACUUCCUUCUUUACAGGAGCGGUCCUUGGAACGGAUACAAGUUCAUCGGAGCUCCACCCUUGUUUAGAUUAGAAUGGAAGAACCAGCAUAUCUCGUAUUUGUUAAUUAAUACUACUACUACUUCGCCAGACUACACAAGAGUACAAUUAGACAAUGAUGGAUCAGUGAGACACUACACCUGGAAUCAAAGAGUCAAAAAGUGGGACCAGCAAUGGAGCUUAUCGCCUGACCAGUGCGAACUUCAUAGGACAUGUUAUGGGAACGCUUAUUGUCGCGUUGGUUUUGAGUUCAGUAGCAUGAACGUGACAACAAAAGAGUGUGUGCAGAAAAAGAAUUGGACCUGCAACGGAGACGACCAUUUCUCACUUGUUCGGAAAAUGAAUAUUCCAGACAGCCGUAAUGCCAAAUCUAACCCGUCCAUCACCAAGCCAGAACAAUGGCCUUGGGGAUUGCACUUGUACUGCUUAUUCUAUGAGCAUAAGCCUAGAAACUGACAA